AAAUAAAUCUUUUACUGCAAAGUCUCCGCUGACGUCAACCGCUGCAAAUGCACGGCUCCGCAAGGCCGGAUCUCGCGAUUACGUCGCCCCGGUGACGCCAUCGGCGGCAGCACGAGAAAGGGUCAGCGGAGGCACGUUGGCCACUCGCCUGUGACAUCACCUUUUGUCGAUGCGCCCCCCGCUGCUUUGACUGAAAGGAGAUGAAAGAUCUUGUUUGGGCUGGGGAAGAGGACGUGUCUGUCUCAAGUGCGCAAUGUUCGGGUCUUUAUGGAUUACCUGGUGUUUGUGCGGGUGACUUGAAAGUGAAUCGGACCCCCCCUUUUUUUUUUCUUUUUUCUUUGGACAGAUGUAGGGGGCGGGGGUCAGCGAUGGAGGAGCUCAUCAAACCGGAAGCCAUCGUAGAAGCGGUGAAAGCCCGCGUCAGCCAGAUCUCCGCCACCCAGAGAGCGCUGCUGGUGGCCGGCACGCCCGACUCCGAAACCAAGGCCAUCCUGGUGGAUACCAUCACCGAGGUGAUCCAGAAGAUCACGUCGGACGUGGUGAAGCACCUGCAGCCGGUAUUUAUCGAGCAUCUGCGGGGUCACGCCUCCCAGGCGCAGGUAAACAUGGCGAUCGACAGGUGCAGCCCGAGGCUCAGCGAGUGCAUCACGGAAACCUUCUCGGCCGCCCUGGACAGCCCGCCGCAGAAGUGCGAAGGCGUCAUGGAGCUCACCUCGCUCAUGGAGUCCGAGGUCAAGCACCGCGUCACCUCGGCCUUGUCGGUUGCCAAAAGCACCACCGAGUGGCCCUCGGAGCCCACCCUCCUCAUCCGCGGCACCAUGUCCAGCGUGGCCAACCUUGCCUCCAUCUUCCGCAAGGCCGUGGAGUACUUCAGGCACGUGUUCGCAAGGGCUCGAACCCCGCGCCAAUUACUGUGCGGGAGCUCCGACAUGAAGGUAAACGAGAUGACCGACUCCGUGAGACGGAUCCUUCUCAAGUGGUCCAACCCCAAGGAAAGCAAGGGGCUCGAGUCUGUGGUGGACUCGGCCACGUUGGAGGACGCGCACUUAGCGGCGCUCGAUAUCACCAAGACCAUCACCCAGGAUUCUUACGGCGGCUCCGGGGACACGUGCUUGCGCGGCGAGGCGCCCGUCACCCGCCUCAACCUCAAUUGGAAGCUGAUUUUAAAGAAAGUCAAGAACUUCUUCAAGUCCCAAGAGAGACAAUGCGGGGCCGCCGGCAAGAGAAUGCGGCGCUUCCGUUUCUUCCGCUUCGCUCGCAUGCAGUUUGCGCGCAUGCUCGGAGCGCUCAAGAGCUCGUUCAAGAACCGGGACGCGUGCCUGGUGUCGCUCACGCCGGACCGCCGCUGUCGAACCGAUGACACCGGCAGCAGUCCAGCCGUCGUGGGUAGCGACGGCCCGAGGUUGCCGGAGCUGCGGCCGGCCUACCGCACCAGCACGCUGUGCGUCCGACAGUCGCAGCACCCGGUUUUCGACUUCGAGUCUAUUCAGGAGAGCGUGGACAAAUUAUACAACGAGUUCAGCCAAAUGGAUGUGCCCGACCGGGCUGCGAAAGUCAAGCGCUACAUCGACGAGAAGAUCGGGAGCUUCUCGGAGGGCCUCACGUCGCAGUUGUACGCGUACAUCAUGUCCUGCCAGAGCGACGUGUACGAGGUGCCGUCAGGCCGACCGCGGACACCCUUGAUGGACACGGUCCUGUGGGGCCGACGGGGUAAGAUUCACUGGGAUGGUCAGAUCUUCUCCCCAGAUGUGCUGUACGCCAUGACUGAGGAUGCAGUGUGGAGGUUCCUGCAGCAGCUGUUCCUCUGGCUGGAGAUGGAACACGCCAAUGAGGAGACAUACGUGGACGAGGUGUCUGGGGCACUCACGGACAUCAACCAGCUGGUGGAGGAGGCCAUGAGUCCCAAGACUACCACCAGUGAGGAACUUCCCAGGGAGGAGGAGGUGGUCCCCAAACUUGACUUGGAGCAGUCCUCGGAAGCCUCUGCUUCAACACUGCGCACCGCCACCCCGGAGCCCCACACCCGCACGCCAAAUGUGCGCACCACCAUGCCGGACUUGGGCACCGGCACCACGCCGGAGUUGCGCACCGGCACCACCCCUGAUGUGCGCACCACCACUGAGGAGGUGACAUCUGAGCAGGAAUCUGAGACCAUCCCGGCGUUGCAGGAGAAGCUGACCCGCCUGCUGGUCUACACGCUGGUCACCCAGCUGGACCAGAGACUGCAGCGCAAGCGCAAGACGGUGCGCAUCGACGCCCUCGUCCUGGUCAUCGAACGGCUUCUGUACAGGGCCUUGGAGGAGAUCAGCCCCCGCCACAUCGAGGACAUCCGGACCUUGGCCAACAUGGACCAGGUCGUCACGCCUGUGGUGAAAGACCUCAUGGUGGAGUUUGGCACCCCGCACAGACUGGUGGAGGCCGUAAUGGCCGACAACCCCUUGUUUGACGACGCAGUCUUCCGGCACCUCAAGAUCCACAUCAGUGCCCUCAAAGAUCCACCUAAGCGGGGUAACUUCUUCUCGAUUCUGAUCAAAGCUUUGGCCAUGCUCCGCUUUAUGGGGAGCUCCAUUUGAUGCUACUUCCCAGAUGCGGAAGUCCAAACAUUUUAUGCAGGUUAAAAAAAGACGUCACCUGUAUCACUCGCAGGCCUGAAAAAUCUCCUGAUUCCAAACUAUCAUGCUCAGUUCUGAUUGACACUGCCAGAGAGUUGGUGCAAUGCAUCAGUAAUAACCCAUUUUUUUAAGCUAAACAAAGGGUCAAAAUAUUAGACAUAAUCCACUGGGUAGUGCAGUCAUAAAUAUUUUAUGUUGAAAAGAAAAAUACUGAUUAUAUUACUGAUUAGAAAAUGGAUGGAUGUAUCAUCUUGUCGACUACACACAUUACAGUGUACUAAAGUGAAAGAUGGUCAAUUUAUGCUCUUCACAGAAAAAAAGUACUUAUGUGGCCCUUAAGGCUCCUUAUAGCACUCCAGUGUAAGAGUUUUUACCUUUUUUUCAGUGUAAAAAAUCUUGCGAUAUAACUCAAAAGCAACGGUGGGCAAGAACAUUUGACGCAGUCCACCAAGCAGUUAAAAAACAAAGCCCAAGGAAUAAAAAAAAAAAUGGAAUAUAAUACUGAUUAUAUUCAAUAAAAAUGGUAAUAUAUAAUCACAAGUGAAAAUAUUGCACAAUAUUUCAAUAUGCUGAGCUGCAGUAAAACGCCACUGUAAACUACAGUAAUAAACAUUUCUGACAGUGUCAAUUAAAACAAAAUAUUUUGUAUCUAAUUGCCCAGUUCUGUGGCCAGUGAGAUCUCAUAUCAUUAUUCCAUGGCAGCCCACAUUACAAUACGACAGCUUUUUCUGGGACUCAAAAGAUACGUUCCAUUUUUAUGUAUUAUUUCGUUCCUCAGUCACACCCUGGUGGUGGUAAGCUACUUGUGUAGUAACAGUUGACAUGGGGCAGUCUGACAGAAAUGUGGCUGCCAUUCUGUGCCCAAGGCCCCUCCGAGCACCAGCAAACAUCCAACUGGAUUUAUCUAAGCAAUGUGGCUAAGUUUCUUGAGUGGCGAUACAAACAGGUGACCCUCAGGUUGCCGGGUGUACACUUAACCCUCGGUGCCACACCAGCCAUGUCUGGUAACACUGUAUACUUUGUUACAGUAUACAGUAUCAAUCUCAAUAAAGACUGCACAAAUAGAUGGCAAGCGCCUGCAAAGAUUACAGGUUGUUUUUUUAAAUGGUGAUGUUUCCAGGUGUGCAUUAAUUUCCCGCAAGCGCUAUUAAAUUGACGCUGCUAUAACUGCUGGGUUAAAAAGAAGGACCGAGGGCCUUAUGUGCAGCUAAAUGUGGACCGAAAUGGUUCCGUUCCAACAAGCAGCUGGUUCAUUCAUUUUAGCGCCUCGUUGGAGAUGUAUAGACCAAUCUGGUUGUGGCAAGAAUGAAUGGCAAAUUAAAAUGACUUUUUUUUAAAACAACUGUAAAUGAACAUCUUGUUUACCUUUUUCUUGAACACACUGGCUGCAAUAUUUAGGUGCAGCUGCUACAAGAUUUGUUCAACCAUUUGGUCUUACAAACGACUACUGGCCUGUUCUACAAAACUGUAUAAACUAGCCAGAAUAUUAAACAUGGUAGCUCCAUAUUUAAUUGGGUCAUCUCAAUCGGAAACAUUUUCUUGGUUCAUAAAGGUCACAAUCACAGAAGGUCAUAUAACAAUAUGCAUUUUAGUGCAACAUUUAAAUGUGUGAUAUAAACUUUUAUUGUUUAUACAGAUAUAUUUUUUAAUGUGCGAGCUAUUCUGUUAGCUGUUUUCACGCUAAUGAGUUGUCCAUCUUUGUGACUCACUCUCCAGGCAUGACCAGUCAACUCCCGCAUAAUCCAACGGUUACAUUUGUAAAACAGUUGGAUUAAGUGUAAUUCUACGAGUCAUGCCAGGAGAGUGGGGCGAGGUGGUGAAAUGUCAUAUGGGCAACUUACUUUUAUCCCGGUCACUUCAAUAAACAGCAGAGUCUGCGCGCGCUAAUGGAUCACAAAAGUACAUCGAAGUUCACUCCUUGAAAGCCUUAAGAGUAGCGACAGGUGGUGUUUUUGUUACCCUGAGGGUUAGCACUUUUGACUCCCCACCAGGGAGAGUGUGCUAAUGCGGGUUCCAGCCUCGGGCAUGUCCACCAUCACGCAUUUGCCCGAAGAUAGAAUGAGUUCUAGUUUGUGUGUCACAAAAGUGUCUCAAGAAGUGCCACACCAACAUUGUAUGAAAAAAGAAUGUAGGUUGCUGUAACUAGCAAGUCUACUACAGCACGUCACCUGUAAAUACUCAUUCAAAACACACUGCGAAAAGUGCAUUACUGUAAACAAUAUUGUACAUUUCACGACAAUUCCAAUGACAUCCCUUAUGUGCACAUUAAACGUGUACAUUCCUUAAGAACUGGUUGUACACUCAAAUAUUUUGAACUGUAUUUUUCCACGGAGUAUUUGUUUUUUUUGUUGUA